AUGUUUCGGAACGGAAUUCGACGAUGCGGCGGCUUGGCCCGCGCAGCGACUUCAAGCACCAAGCUGCUGAGCGCUCGCGCAGCCUUUCCAGCAACUCUUUCUGCGCCGGCCUCAUUAUCUCGUUCAAUUGUGCCUUUGAAGAGCUUUGCGCAAUUUAACCGACUGUACAGCGCUGAUGCUGCUGUCGCGGAGAGCAAGGUUCCUGAAAAUGAUGCAGUUGGCGAAAUCUCGUCGUUCCAAGACUUGGAGACACUCGGAGUUCAUCGCAACUUGCUGGAUGCAAUCACCCAGGAUAUGCGAUACGACACCAUGACCCCAGUUCAAGCCAAAGCGAUCAACCCGGCUCUUAAGGGAACUGACAUUGUUGCUCAAGCCAAGACCGGUACUGGAAAGACGCUUGCUUUCUUGCUCCCUCUCUUACAGCGGAUGAUCGAGGAAGACCCGACAUUGGCCACACGAAAGGCGUCACGAAGUGCCAGGUCUGAUGAUAUUCGUGGCAUUGUGCUGUCACCAACUCGUGAGCUCGCUGAGCAGAUUGCUACCGAGGCGAAGCGGCUUUGCAGACGCACCGGUCUGGUUGUGCAGUCUGCCGUUGGAGGUACUCAGAAGUCUGCCAUGUUGCGUCAGACACAGCGUCAAGGAUGCCACCUCCUGGUGGCCACCCCAGGCCGCUUGAAUGACCUUCUUGAGGACCCCAACAGCGGCAUUGAUGCCCCCAAGCUGGCUGCGCUUGUUUUGGACGAGGCCGACCGUAUGCUUGAUGUCGGUUUCGAGAAAGAACUCAACUCAAUCCAGAGCUACCUGCCCAAGGACAAGGUCAGGCAGACAAUGUUGGUCUCUGCCACCAUCCCCGAUAACGUCAUUCAGCUCGCUCGUCAGAUGGUUCGCCCCCACGAUUUCGAGUUCGUCCAGACCAUUCCCGAGCACGAAACCCUCACCCACGACAGGAUCCCUCAGAAUGUUGUCACCGUCUCGAGCUGGGCCAAUGUUUUCCCUUCACUGUUCGAGCUGAUCGACCGUGAGGUUGCGGCUGCGAAGCAGGAUCCUACUCUGCCCCCCUUCAAGGCCAUCGUCUACUUCAACACAACUUCCAUGGUCGAGCUUGCCGGUGAACUUGGCUACCAGCGAAGGCACAGUGGCCAGCUGAGAAUCCCCACUUUUGCCAUUCAGUCUCAGCUUUCCCAAUUCCAACGGACGAAGGCGGCCGAUAUGUUUAGAAACUCCAAAACUGGAAUUCUCUUCUCAUCAGACGUCACAGCUCGUGGCAUGGAUUUCCCCAAUGUUACUCACGUCAUCCAGGUUGAUGCUCCUAGGGAGCGCGAAUCUUAUAUCCACAGACUAGGCCGUACCGGACGACAGAACAAGAGUGGUGAAGGCUGGUUGUUUGUACCCCCCAUGUCAGCAAACUCUGCCAGGAAGCUGUUGCGAGGCCUUCCGCUGAAGCCAAACAAAACACUUGAAAGUGCCGAGGUUGAUAUCAGUGCGGUGGAAGAGCUGCCCGCUUACCACGAGGAGACAAAGACCCUCAUCCAGGCACUCCCCAGGAAAAUGAUGGCCAGCGCGUACACCUCACUUUUUGGUGGCCAACUCACCGACAGAGAAGACCUUGUUGAAGACUUGAAUGAUUGGGCUGUCAAGGGCUGGGGUUGGUCAGAGCCUCCUGCCGUCUCACAUAGCUGGGCGAAGAACCAAGGCCUCCUGAGAUCUGGAUUGAACAUUCAGGACGGCCACAGUGACCGAAUGCAUCGGGAUGACAGGCGAGGCGACCGGGGGGGCGAUCGCCGCAGUGGAGGUCGCUUCGAGCGUCGCGGAUCUCCUGAUCCAUUCGCUGAGAUGGGACAACGUGCGCGCCGUGAUGCGCCGCCAUCGUUCUCGAGGGGCGGCCGGGGCGGUAGGGGUGGCCGAGGUGGCCGAGGAGACCGACGUGGCGGAGGCUUUGAGUCUUCGUGGUAA